AUGCUCGAGCUGUUGCUUGGUUACGCUGACCGACACAAAGACAGUACUGCUGCCGUGUCGAAAGACACUGCAACCUUGGCGGAAGAAGCGUCUUCUGAGACGGACAGCAACUCAAAGGAGAGCAGCAACGCUGGAGGCGGAUUUCGCCGAGCAGCACUGGCUGGCUGUCUGGAGCGAAGCAAAUCCAGCCUGAGUGUCGAUCAGCCUGUACGGCGGAUGGGUCGGAUACACCAUCCAAAACACGAAUCCACUGAGCAGACAGGGCAGCGGUUGCUUCGUAACCGGCGCUUUGGAAUCACAUCAGGCAGCAACACACUGCCUUUGCUGUCUGGUCGGGCAAGGCGGAGGCUGGCUUACGAGAGAUGGGAUCGGCUGUCGAGAGAUGGUACACGAGCAUUGUUUUGCCGCAUUACAAUAUAG